CUCUAAAUAUACUGUUCCACUACGUUCAAUUCUUAUUGAUACACGCAAAAUGCAAUUCUUCGAUGGACGCCACUAUAGAAUCAAUAAAGUUCUACUGUCGUGUAUAGGCCAGUGGCCAUAUCAAACGAAAAGGAGUAGCAACGCUAUUAUUGCCAUUAUAGUUUCUUUAGCUGGUACGCAAUUUGUCGCCAAGGUAUGUGGUUUACUCUCUAUUAAAGAUGUCGAUAUGUUCAUCGAUUCUCUUUCACCAUUAGUAGUCGACAUAGGAUGUGGAGUAAAAUUAAUCACUUGUAUAUUAAAAGCAAAACAGAUCAGAGCACUUUUUGAUCAAAUACAAAGUGAUUGGCAGUGGCUAAUGACAUCGACCCAUAUUAAGAUUCUUAAUCAUUAUGCAGAAAUUGGACGACUCUUUACGAUCAUAUACGCAAGUGCUUUUUAUUCUGCAUUGGUGUUAUUUAUGUUAGUACCAUUACAACCACUGUUGCUGCAUUCUUCAUCAAAUGAUACAGCUCGACCAUUACUACAUCAAGUUGAAUAUUAUAUUGAUAUGGACAAAUAUUAUUUCCCCAUCUUGAUUCACGGAUAUGCUGCAGCUAUUAUUUUUGUAAGCAUAGCCAUCGCAGCAGACACUAUGUAUGUGAUCAUGAUACAACAUGUUUGCGGAUUAUUUAAGAUCAUCGGGCAAGAACUAGAAAAUAUAAUAAAGGAAGACAGUUUAGAAAUAAAUCUUGUACCAUCCAUAAAAGAUGAUAAACCAUAUAAAAACAUUAUAAAAAGCAUUAAUGCGCAUAAAAAUGCUUUAAGGUUCACCAAUCUCAUCGAAGCUACAUUCAGUCAGAUGUUUCUUACAGUAGCAGGUUUCAACAUGCUUAUUAUGAGUAUGACAGGAGUUACGGCAGUGACAAAUAUGGACAAGCCAGAAGAAUUUUUAAGACAGAUAACAUUUGCAUGCGCAUUAUUAGUGCAUCUAUUUUUUGAGAGUUUUCCAGCACAGAGUUUAAUCAAUCACAGUGCAAGUAUUCAUACUAAUUUAACAAAUAUAGCAUGGUAUCAAACUUCUUUUCGAACAAGAAAAAUCUUGAUUUUUAUGAUAAUGAAAACACGAGAACCUUGCGUAUUAACAGCAGGAAAGAUGUUCGUGAUAUCGAUGGAUACUUUCUCUACAGUAAGAUUUGCAUAUUAUACAUAUCGUACGCACAUCGGUAUCGUAUUUUACGAUGUUGCGAUCGAUGCAAUAAUCAAUUUACUUAGCUGA